CCUCUUGCUGCAUCAGAUUUCAUAAUCAAUUAGAAAACCUGUCUCUAUUGAUGUUAUCUGCAAAAAAAAAAAAAAAAAAAAAGUGGCUGACAUAGUGAGUGACAUUAGAGAGAGAAGGCUGCUUCACAAAAGACAAUGGUCAGUCAACUCAAUCUUGACAAGAUCUUACUUAGGUUUGUAAAUGGAACAUCUUGGUCAAAAGGAAACACGAAACAGAUAUUCCUAAAUUAGUACUACGACUCCCAGGACCCCCUCAGAGAAGUAUAUUGGUCAGAAGAUCUUUAGGACAGUUCUAAGGCAAUCUCGAUGCAGACCCAUAUUCAUGAUUUUCUCUUUCGGCACCACUGAAAAGCUGAGAACCUGCUCUCUGCCUUGCAGCUUCAGAACUGGGAAAAGGGUUUGAUGGGUAUUUAUUUGGGUGGGUUGUCUUCAUUUUAGCCUCAUCUUUCCAUCUUCAAGAUCUGGGUUCCUUGGAGUGACAGGAGAAAGAGAGACGGGCUUUUCUAAGAAAAUAACCAUGGAGUGGCAGCAGCCUUGUGACCAUUUCUUCAGGAUCAUCUUGCAUUCCACAAUGACUACCAAGAAACUGAGACUUGCCAAGUUGUUCGUCGAGACCCGCUUAGAUGAACUAUCGGAAACCGUGACGCUCAAGACACCCAACUCGGAAGCAUGGACCAAUGGGUUGACGGUGAAUAACGUAAGAAGGAACAAGACACCUGAAGCAUGGCUUGAUGCUGGUUUCGGCGAAUUCCUCGAGUCCCUCUCCAUCUCCUACGGACACUUUCUGGUGUUCGAGUAUCGAGGCUGGUCCACGUUUAAGGUCGCUGUCUACGACAAGACCACUUGCGAGAUUUUGUACCCUCCCAGAAGCAACGAGUCACCCAUGGCCGAGAGUGAAGAAGAGAGUCGUGGUGGCACGGAGGAGCAUCACAACGGCGAGGAGAGUGACGACGAUGAUGAUGGUGGGGUGCUUUUUGUGGGUACAUCAUUUCUUUCCCCAAGAGAUGACUCUUCCUCGUCCUCUGCCAAGGCCAGGCCACAAGAAACGGCUGCCGAGACGGGAGCUGUUGCUGAGUGGGAUGCACUGCUGAAUGAAAUGAUGGAGUCAAACAUUGAAACCUGUCACAAGGCCUUCACCUUCCUGAAGAUGCCACUGAGGAGCAAGGAAGCAUUUCGGAGAGCCAUAGCAAGGCCGCCGGCAAAUCCAUCUGCCAUUCUUGUGCUGUCGUCUUAUGCACCGUAUCUGCCUGGGGAGUUCAGCCGGAGGUAUCUGGGAAGGACUGACAUGAAGGGCUAUGGGAGUUGGAUGAAGCUUGAGGUGGCCGGAGGUGGUGGAGGCGGGAGACAAUGGCCGGUCCUGAUACGGCCGCACUGUACAGGCGUGGUUUUUGGGAAGUAUUGGAUCAAUUUCAGCACCGACAAUGGCCUAGUUGAGGGAGAUGUUUGCUUGUUUGAGUUCAUCAGUGUCAAGGUGCUCAAAGUCCAUAUCUUCCGUGCUUCGGUUUAGUGUCACUGAUCAUUCAGCAGGUUCUUAGUCGACACUUAAGUUUCUAGUUUGUUGGGGUCUUUCAUUGAACAGGUUUCUAAUUACCUAGUAUUGGAAUGUUUUAAGUUUUAACUUUGGUUGGGAUAUUCCAUGUGUCCUUUUAUACCUUCUCCUUGGGAUUGUGUUUGUGUAUGUUGCUCGUUGGUGAUGAAUGUGGGCCCCGUUAUACCCUUUUCUUGGAAAGGAAGGAAUCCAUCCGCCAUGUGAGUGGGGGAAGGAAUGGGUGUGAUGCUUGAUCCAUGUUC